AUGCUGCGGGCUGCUCCCACACUGCAGGCGCCCGCGCUGCUGCUGCUGCGGCGGGCUGCUGGGUCGGCUCCGGCCGUCCGCCCGCCGCCGUCGUCGGCAGCGGCGCAGGUCGAGGCCACCUCGGCCGUCAUCUCGGCCGUCCACGCCCUGCUCGAAACGCUGCCCGAGUCGGCAGCUGCCACACGCCACGCCCACAUUCUGCAGGCGGCGCAGGGCUCGCUGCCCAAGCCGGCCGAGCCGGUCAUUCCCACCGCGCUCGUCGUCGGCGACCGCAACGUGGGCAAGACAGCGCUCGUUGCUGCGCUCACCUCGGCCCGCACUGCGAGCUCGACCCGGACGGCCAAGACCGCCGAGGCCGCGGCCGAGGCUGCUGCUCUACUCUCGUCGACGUCGGCGCUAGCGCUGACGCCGGCCAGCGAGGCCCAUUCGGACUCGCCGGCCGCCCAGCUGGGAUUCAACGUGCUCGACACGCCGCCGCUCGGCGAGUGGCCAGCGCUACUCGGCGACGAGGCUGCGGCUCAGCUGCUGCCGCUCGCCGAAAUUGUGCUGCUCGUCACCGAUCCGGCACGUCAGGGCAAGUCAUCGACAGAGUCUGCCACGCUUCGCACCCUGGACUCGUCUCGCCUUGCUGUUGCGCUCAACAAAGCCGACAUGGUCGAGGGCGAGCAGACCCGCGCCCGCCUCCGCGAGUUGGUGGCGGGCGCAACGGGCGCCGACCUUGCAUCGGUGGUCCUCACCGUCGCCACUUCGCCGCACGUCGAUGAUUCCGGCCUGCCGGCGCUCACCGCGGUCCUGGAGCGGCUCGCGGCGCCUGACGCGCUGAUGGACAAGGUUGUCACAGUGCGGCUCGACGCUGUCGCCGCCGCGCUUGACACCGUCUCAGACGGCCUGGCCCUCGAGCGCAGGGUCCUUGCCCGCAAGGAAGACGAGAUCCUCCGGCUGACCCACUACGUCGAGGACGAGGCCGCCGACCUCGUCGACACGUUUUCGUCGCAGACCCUCCCGCUGGUCACCGACCACUUUGACAGCUUGGUGGAGAAGGAGAAGGCCUUUUUCCAGUCGCGGACAGUGCUCGACCUGCUCCGCCUCUCCGACGCUCAGCUCCGGCUUGAGCUUGCCGAGGAGCGGCUGUUCACCUCGGCCUGGCUCGCACCCAUCGAGACCUCGCUCGCCUCGUCGAUGGCUGCUACCCUCGAAACAGCCCGCCACGAACGGGUGUACAUGCUGGAGUCGCUGACCCAGUUUGCGGCGGACCCGGCGAUGCGCGACUUUCCGCUCACCCGCAAGCUCCGCGAGGCGCUUGCUGCCGCCCACGCCAACCACAGCCCGGCCACCUUUGAUAAGGACGCGCUCGUGGCGAAGCUCUCGGCCAUGGCCUCGGCUUAUGAUCGCGCCGAGUUUGAGGACGAUGCCGCCGCGUCGAUGCGCUCCGCCUCGCGCAUCAACUACAUGGCGCAGCUCGGCUCGGCGUCGCUCCUCACUGGAGCUUGGGGCUACACCCAGCUCGCCGCUGCUGGCGUCGAUAUGAGUGUGCUCUCCUCGCUCGUCGCCGCUGCCGGCGCCUCGUCGUUUGGAGGCCUGUGGUGGCUGCAGUCGACGUGGAUGGGCCUCGAGGCCCGCCUCGCCACCGCGCUCCGCACCCUCCGCGCCGACCUCAUCUCGUCGCUGCCCGACGUUUACUCCUCGGUCGUCCGCCGCGCUCUCAAGCCGGCCAAGAAGACCCUUGCCAAGUGCUACUCGGCUGCCACCGAGGUCGGAACCGAGCUGGCCUCGCUCGAGGCCGCCCGCGACGACGCCGCCGCCCGCGUUGACCAGAUCCGCACCAGCCUCCGCAACUCAUCCGGCCCCAACUAA